AUGGCUCGAACCAAGGCGCAGGGACGCAAGGCCAAGAGCGCGGGCCGCGAGGUGUAUGUUGAAGGCAAGAAGGCGGCGGCCGAGCGUAAGAAAGUCAAAGCCAAGAUAAAAGCCAAAGGAAAGGCCAAACACGCCGCCAAACUCGCCAAAGAGGAGAAGAAGCGAUUGGCCCGAGAGGCUCCGGACAAUGACGCAGUGGAUGACGGCUUCAUUGAGUUCACAGCGGACGAAGAAGACCAAAGGAAACAAUCAAAGAAGAAAGAGGACUCUCGGGAGGAGGAAAAGCGCGUGUUGCAGCUCGAGUCGCGGCCCUGGAUGAGGCAACGCAAAGGUUAUGCCAACCGCAACGUGUACGAAUGUCUCCACGACGAGAUCAUGGACUUUGUGACGUUUAUAAGCCCUACAGAGGACGAACUACGCAGCAGAGCGCAACUUGUCGAGGAAAUGCGAGGAGUUGUCAAAGGUUUAUGGCCCGAGGCCACCGUCGAGACCUUCGGCUCUCACUACACGCAGAUGUUCCUGCCGCAGAGUGACAUUGACAUGGUACUCUUUGGAGUGCCAGAGGGCAAAGAGCCACUGUACAAGCUGGCUCAGUGUCUUGAGGAGAAAGAUCGUGUGAGCUACCUAGAAGUGAUCGAUAAAGCCAGGAUCCCCAUCGUCAAGAUGGUACACAAGGGGAGCGAUAUUCACGUUGAUGUAUCAUUCAAUGUGGCCGGUGGAUUGGCUACUGGAGACUUGGUGAAGCAUUACAUGAGAGUGUACCCAUCGUUCCGGCCGCUGACGCUCGUACUCAAGUAUUUUAUGGCGCAACGAGGACUGAACGAGACGUACUCGGGUGGAGUGGGCUCUUUCUUGCUGCAGAUGAUGGUGGUGAGCUUUUUGCAGCACCAUGGACGCGCACUGGGUGCUGAACACGACGACCCGAAGUUCAACAACUUGGGACAAUUGCUGAUGGGCUUUUUCACGCUUUAUGGACGCGACUUUAACUACACGGACCUCGCUGUCUCUGUGAGAAACGGUGGCUCAUAUUUCCCCAAGGAAAAGCGUCGUUGGUACGAUGACGGACGCCCGUUCCUGAUUGCGAUGGAGAACCCGAACGAACCGAGUCUCGACAUUGGCAAGAACUCGUACGAGAUGCGAACAGUCAAGCGAUCGUUUGAUUACGCCCGACAGGUAUUGCAGAACGAGAUCUACCGUCACGGCCAGUUCAACACACUUCCCGGUAGCAUUUUGGGCACGAUUAUUCAGCCAGACAGCAACUUGGUCAAGAGAGAGCCACCGGAGAGCUUCGGAUAUGACAUUCUGCAUCACGACCCCGUCAAGACAGCGGAGAUUAGGAAACAGUACGAGAUGCGUCGCGACGAGGAAGCAAGUAAGAAACGCGCAGUAGAGGCAGCGAAGAACAUCCGACAGAGUGGUACUAACGAGCCGCCCUACAAGCGCUGGAGAGGACGCAAUCGAGCAUACUGA